AUGGAGGUCCUGCCGGCCGGCGGGGGCCGCACGGGGCGCCCGCAGCCCGAGGCGAGGUCGGAGGACUCGGGGCGCGGAGCUCCCCGGGCGGAGCGAGCGCGGGGCUCCCGGGACUCCUGGGAGGGCGAGGAGGACCCGGAGCCUGGCGAGCCACGGGGCAGCCGCACGGCGUCCCUGGUGAGCGGGCUGCUCACCGAGCUGUACAGCUGCACCGAGGAGGAGGAGGCGGUCGGCGGGGGCCGGGGGCCCCGGGGCCGCCAGCGGCGCCGAGACAGCCUCGACAGCUCCACCGAGGCCUCCGGCUCCGACGUGUUCCUGGGCGGCCGCGGCGGCGCCGGCGACUCCCGCGUACUACAGGAGCUGCAGGAGCGGCCGAGCCCGCGGCACCAGAUGCAGUACCUGCGGCAGAAAGACUCGAAUGAACUGGAGACGAUCCUUCGAGAACUAAAGUACAGGAUUGGCAUUCAAUCAGCAAAGUUACUUCGGCAGCUGAAGCAAAAAGAUAGGCUUGUGCACAAAGUACAGAGAAACUGUGACAUUGUGACGGCGUGCCUGCAGGCUGUGUCUCAGAAGAGAACACUCCUGACUGCUGGGCUUGCAGCCUCUGCCUGGGAACUCCAAAGAGAGGGUAUUUGUCAUCUCCCGAGGCUUCGAUUUACUACAGGAGUUGACACAAAGUUGAAGUUCACUCUUGAGCCAUCUUUAGGUCAAAAUGGUUUUCAGCAGUGGUACGAUGCUCUAAAGGCAGUUGCCAGACUAUCAACAGGAAUACCGAAGGAAUGGAGGAGAAAGGUUUGGUUGACCUUGGCAGAUCAUUAUUUGCACAGUAUAGCCAUUGACUGGGACAAAACCAUGCGUUUCACUUUCAAUGAGAGGAGUAAUCCUGAUGAUGACUCGAUGGGAAUUCAGAUAGUUAAGGAUCUUCACCGCACAGGCUGCAGUUCGUACUGUGGCCAGGAGGCCGAGCAGGACAGGGUCGUGUUGAAGCGCGUCCUUCUGGCUUAUGCCCGAUGGAACAAGAAUGUUGGGUAUUGCCAAGGCUUUAACAUCCUGGCUGCACUGAUUCUGGAAGUGGUGGAAGGCAACGAAGGCGACGCUCUGAAAAUUAUGAUUUACCUUAUUGACAAGGUACUUCCCGAAAGCUAUUUUGUCAACAAUCUCCGGGCACUGUCCGUGGAUAUGGCCGUCUUCCGAGACCUCUUGAGACUGAAUCUCCCUGAAUUAUCUCAGCACCUGGAUACUCUUCAGAAAACCGCAAACAAGGAGAGUGGAGGUGGAUAUGAGCCCCCACUGACAAAUGUCUUCACAAUGCAGUGGUUUCUGACUCUCUUCGCUACGUGUCUCCCUAACCAUACAGUUUUAAAGAUUUGGGAUUCAGUUUUCUUUGAAGGUUCGGAAAUCAUCCUACGGGUGUCGCUGGCUAUCUGGGCAAAGUUGGGAGAGCAGAUAGAAUGUUGUGAGACAGCAGAUGAAUUCUAUAGCACCAUGGGGCGCCUUACCCAGGAGAUGCUAGAGAAUGAUCUUCUGGAAAGCCAUGAACUCAUGCAGACUGUUUAUUCUAUGGCUCCAUUCCCAUUUCCACAACUGGCAGAGUUGAGGGAAAAAUACACUUACAACAUUACACCAUUCCCUGCCACAGUUAAGCCCACCUCAGUUUCUGGACGACAUGGUAAGGUCAGAGACAGCGAUGAAGAGAAUGACCCAGAUGAUGAAGAUGUUAUUGCUAAUGCAGUGGGGUGUCUCGGACCUUUCAGUGGACUCCUGGCACCUGAACUGCAGAAGUACCAGAAGCAAGUUAAAGAAUCAAAUGGGGACCAGAGUCUGAGAUCCAAUAACAUUGCAGAGCUGAGUCCAGGAGCGAUCAAUUCCUGCCGAAGUGAAUACCACGCAGCUUUUAACAGUAUGAUGAUGGAACGCAUGACCACAGAUAUCAAUGCACUGAAGCGGCAAUAUUCUCGGAUUAAAAAGAAGCAGCAGCAGCAGGCUCAUCAGGUGUAUAUCAGGGCAGGCUCUAAAGAAGAAAAAGGUCCCAAGGACCAGGCGGCUGAUGACAAAGGGCCGGUGACCAGCAUUCUCCCAUCUCAGGUAAACAGCUCUCCAGUCAUAAACCACCUUCUUUUAGGCAAGAAGAUGAAAAUGUCAAACAGAGCCGCCAAGAACGCUGUCAUCCACAUCCCUGGGCACACAGGAGGCAAAAUAUCACCCGUCCCCUACGAAGACCUUAGGACCAAGCUCAAUUCUCCAUGGCGAACCCACAUCCGUGCCCACAAAAAGAACAUGGCCAGGACCAAGAGCCAGCUGGGCUGCGGGGAUAUGGUCGGGCUGAUAGAAGAGCAGAGCGAGGGCUCCAAGACUCACACCCUGGGGGCGGCCAAGGCAUCUCCCUCCGACUGUGUCGGGACAGCUCGAGGCGAAAGCGGCUGCUCCCACGGCAGCACAGGCAGGACCAUCGAAGGGCGGUCUCCGGAGCCGCUGUUUGCGGAUGCAGAGGCCGAUGUGUCUGAGGUCCAGGUGAAGAUAGAAGCCUUGGAACUGACCCCAAGGGAUGCUGCUGCUGAACCUGAGCCCAGGGUGCCUCCACCCAGCCAGCGGCACCUCCCGGAGCCACCCAAUGCCCCGGGAGGAAACAAGGUCCCCGGCAAGGCUUCCCAAGGUGGUAGCCACCCGAAGACCCCCAUCUUUAGCCCCUUUCCCAGCGUCAAGCCACUGCGGAAGUCCACCGCCGCCAGGAAUUUGGGAUUAUAUGGUCCGACAGAAAGAACCCCAACCAUGCACUUUCCUCACAUGAGCAGGAGCUUUAGCAAGUCCAGCAGUGGCAACAGCAGCACUAAGAAACGGUGA